GGCGAGAGUCGAGAGAGUUGCCAGACGCCAGUUGGUAGUUGGACUUGAGAGAGUAAGCUGCUUGGCUGUCGCCUCCGUUGUUGUUCAGCGCUCCCACCCCGAUCUACUGUAAGGAUGACGAACCCAACACUAAGUGGUGAUGCUCAGGGGGAUGUGGCUGCACGGAGGAAUGACGCCACAGACAAGGCCAAGAGGACGUCUAUGGUGGCCAAGCAUUCCCUUGGCACCAACAUGUCCAAAACCCAGCUUAAGGAAUUCCGUGAGGCGUUUCGUCUGUUUGACAAGGACGGGGAUGGAACUAUAACCAAAGAUGAGCUGGGACUGUUCAUGAGGAACCUAGGACAGUUCACCACAGAAGAGGAACUCGACGUUAUUCUCGACGAGAUCGACAUUGACGGCGAUGGCACGUUCAGCUUCAACGAAUUCGUGGAGAUCGUGUGUAAUAUGAGCGGUGGAGGAGAACGACCUGGGGAGGACGAGGAGAAAGAACUGAGGGAUGCCUUCAAGAUCUUUGACAAACAUGGCCGAGGGUACAUCUGUGCCAGUGACCUACGCGCCGUCCUCCAGUGUCUGGGCGAGGAUCUGUCUGAGGAGGAGAUCGAGGACAUGAUCCGAGAGGUGGACAUCGACGGAGACGGACGCAUCGACUUUGAAGAAUUUGUGAAGGCCUUGGGCGAGAAUGACGAUGAUGACGAUGAUGAACCAAGAGAUGACGAGGACGAGGAAGAGAAGAAGGCAAAUACCCCAUAGAAAGAAGAUCAAAGAUUGUUAGUUGUUAAGAAAAUGUUAGGAAGGUUAGGUAAUAAUAGUUGCUGCACAGAAGUCAUAUUUAGAAAAAAUAUAUUAAAUGUGGAACUGCUUUAGUAAAGUUAUCAUGAGGUUCAGAUACACACUGUUAUAUUAUUUAAAAAGAUGAGUUAAAUAUUUGCAUAAAUAACUUUUAACACUGUUUCCAAGCGAAAAACUUAUAACAAAUGUUUCCUGGCCAUUUACUGCAAUAUUUAUCAAGUACAACCAAUACCUAAGACAAUCAAUUACACUGAACUUUGUUCAGCUCACUAGCAACGUAAUUUUCGGCUUCUACUGUACAUGAUAUCUAUUGACAGCUUAAGGAAUAUUGAGGGCGGCAAAACAUUCUUCUUUAGAAAAUAUAACUGUGAACGUAUGAAAAAUCUUGAAAUCCAGUAGAAGUGACAGUAUAUUGCAAUAUGUUCUUAAUGUAUAGAUAAUACCCAUAUGACCCCACCCUCACCGGUAAUAGGCAGAGCUCUUUCUAGUAACAUUACAGAGAUACAAAACAUCACAGACUCCUUCAUCCGAUGUCACUCGUCGUUCUAAUUACUUUAUCAAGUAUGUCUAUCCUCUUAAAUAAUUUAACACCAAACUUCCGACUCGUGUACACACACAUCAGCAUCUGAGUUAUACUCUUUUUACUAAUGUUCCUAUUCUAAUUCUCUCAAAUUUACCAGGAUGUUAAAAAUAUUUUAUCUGACCCUGAUCAGCUAUUUACCUGGCUGUCCUUUCAGAUCAAUAUACAUGUUUCCUAUUAUGUGCACCCCAUUCACUUAACAAAUGUUUCCUCCACUUCCAACUUUUGUUCUCAUGCAUCCAGAGUCUGUGCUUCUCACUCAUAUAUUAUUGUCGGCUCAACUAGUAACCUGUAUGGUUUCAUCUUUGCCGCCUUUAUAUAGAUUUCUCUAUAAAUUUCACUCGGAUAUUCUAUGAUGUAAUUUGUCAUUAAAUUUUCCAUUCACUUUUAUAACCAUUCAAAGACGUCUGAAAUACCUAAUUUCUUCCAUUUAGUAUUUAUUUUCACCACUUUGCUUUAUUUAAAUAUACCUAAUUUCUUCCA